UCAGCGCGCGACGCACCGUACGAGCGUCCGCCAUAGGCGCCACGAUUAUAAUAUUAUUAUUGUCUACCUGGAAUAUUAUAAUAAUAUAAUAUUAUUGUCUACCUGGAAUAUAAUAUUGUGCCUUUAUAGGACCGUAAGGUACUAUAAAUUAUACAGUAAUAUCGUAAUAAUAUUAAAUACUAUGACGACGUCGGACGUCGAUGCAGUGGAUUUGGACGGCGGUGGCAGCUAGCGAUACACGCGUCACAUUAUAGGCUACAAUCACGGUCGACUUAUUUUUUGUGGCAUCCAGACCGGAAAAAAUAUUGACCGUCCGAUAUAAUAUUAUUAUAAUAACCGAUUUGUGUGAUUUAAAAUAAUUGUUCAAGACGAUAAUAUAACGUUUAAUUGUAAUAACAGUACUUUUUGAUAGUGAACAAUAAUAUAUUACGGUCUCGUAUUAAAUAUUAUAAUAAUAUUGUUAAGUGUGACGAAAUGAAGUUGUCGCCGCUGCAGUGGCUCGCGGUAGUGGCCGUCAUCGUCGUCGUUUCGGUGGCCGCCUCGCCGGCUGCCGAUACUCCGCCUGCCGCGGCCGCAUCCGCCACCGAUACGGCCGAAGACGACGACGACGACGACGGCGGCGGCGGCAGCGUUUUCCCGUUCAGAGCUCUCCAACUGUACAACACCGUGGCCGGUUACCUGGAGUACAUUUUCGACAUCGUCAUAGCACCGAUCACGGGUGGUGUAUCAAACAAGAAACAAACACCCAGUCGAGUAUCGUACAAGAAAUUUCAAAUUAUCAGAGUGUUACCGUCUGACGAGGACGAAGUACUUGAUAUAGAAGCAAUGUCCGAAGAACCAGGAGUGCAAGUUUGGAUGCCUAUACGGUUGAAUAAAACAGCAGAUCUCGUAUUACCUCCUAGUGUAGCUAGAGACGUCAAACGAUUUUUAACACAAAGAGAAAUCAACUUCAUUGUGCUCAGUUCCGAUCUAGAAAGAAGCAUUCAUAAACAAAAUCCUAAAUCACCGUCUAUUAAUCAGAAAUCAGAAUUGAAAGCAACAAAAGGUCAUGUAAUGACUUGGACUAGAUAUCAUCGUUAUCAAGAUAUUCUUGAUUACUUAAUGUAUUUGUCGGAGAACUAUCCUCAUUUGGUAGAAUUGCUGCCUAUCGGAAAAACUGUGGAAGGCCGACCACUAAAAGUAGUAAAAAUAUCUAGUGGACAAACUAGGGAAAACGUUGUCAAGCCUGCAAUCUGGAUUGAUGCAGGAAUUCAUGCCAGGGAAUGGAUAUCACCAGCAGUAGCAUUAUUCAUUUUAAGGCAAUUAGUCGAAAAUAAAUCUUACAGAACAUUGAUUUCGGAGAUUGAUUGGUAUAUUCUACCAAUGAUAAACGCAGAUGGUUACGAGUAUAGCCAUACUGUCGAUCGUCUAUGGAGAAAAUCUAGGAGGACUGCAGCCACAAAAUCGGGAAGAACUCUGUGGGAUGUGUCAUAUGGUUGUGAAGGUGUUGAUUUAAACAGAAACUGGGAUUGGCACUGGGCUGGAGUUGGCGCUAGUCAAGACCCGUGUUCUGACACUUUUGCUGGAUCACAUGCAUUUUCGGAACCAGAAACUAGAGCAGUAUCUGAUUUUAUAUUAGACCACAGGGAUAGAAUACAAGUAUAUUUAACUCUGCAUUCUUACUCGCAAAUGUGGCUGGUACCUUGGAGUCACACAAAAAAGCUUGCGGAUGAUUAUGAUGACAUGAUGUACUUAGCAAGACAAGCAACUGAAGCAAUUCAAAAAGUACACGGUUCGCAUUAUCAACUCGGUACAACUCCAUCACUGCUUUACACUACAUCAGGGUGUUCCGAUGACUGGGCCAAAGGGAAAGCUGGCAUAAAAUACAGCUAUACGAUAGAACUUCCAGACAAAGGAAUGUACGGUUUUCUAUUGCCAGCUGAGAAGAUUGUGACAACAGGGAAAGAAAUAUUCACAGGCAUUAAAUCCAUAGCAAAAUCAAUAUUGAAAAUUAACAGCAUGAAGGAGAAGACAAAAUUAAGAGGAUGACAUAUUAAAUCUUUUGUUUUGACAUACGAUUUAACAAGAAAACGACUUUCAAUUGAAAUUAAAUAUGGUUGAGAACAAUUGAAAUAAAUAAGCCAGUUAAAAAUUUUUUUUUUUUUAUUUAAUAAGAAAAUAUACAACUAUACAAUUAAGCACAACAAGUAAUAAUGAUGAAGAGGAUUACAUAACAUGAAAAAUGGCACGAUGUAGGAGGGCUCCCAAUGGAGCUACCUACUAAAUGUUAAAAAUUAAAAAAUAUUUUACUUCAUCUUAACUGUAUAGGUAGUUUUGUACCUGGAUAAAAUACAUGGAUUAACAGACUAACCAUUUUUCAUAUUUUCUUUUAUAAUUUACAAAUAAUAAGUUCAGGUUCGGUUCGGUUAGGUUAUUAAAUAAUUAAUUAUAUUUAUACCUACCCAAGACCUAGCAAUAUUCGAUUCCGAAACGAAAACAGAUUAAACAUAACAUGGUAGUCAUGCAUAACACCUAGUAGUAUAAAACCCCCAGCCAUCCUAUUGAAUUUUUAAAAAUAUCUUACAACUUGAAUCUACAAAUAGCUAGGUAGUUUCAAGUUAGCUCGGAUCACCCAAAAUGUCACGAAAAAAACACUGGAACUGAUCAUAUCACACAAUCAAAAAUAUUUAUCUAGGUGACAACUAUUAAUUA